GAAGUGCAGGAGAGGGGUGGAUGAGACUGUGCACUGCUGGACCUCUUCCCCUAUGGGGGAGGGUCUGUGAAGAGUGGGGGCUGGUGGACAAGUCAGACAGAGGACUUGCAAGCGGUGGGGGGAGGAUUUCAGGGUCGUGCAGGUGACAAGAAGACACCACUGCGAGCUGAGGGAACAUUAUUCCACCAUCAGCAUCAACAACGGUUCUUCACUGUCAAGGUGGCUGGACCAUGGAAUUCCUUACAAUAGAAGGUGGUAAUUUCAGUGAGGACCAGUCAUGCAGUUCUUGUCUGUCAGCCCGUUUUGUCUCUGCACCCUCUCUCUGCUCCUGUCUCAUGCACUCGGUCAAAGUGAUCUGGAGCUCCUGGUCACCACCCGCUCUGGGAAAGUGCGAGGUACACGGCUAAAUGUCCUCUCCAGCCACGUCAUUUCGUUUCUAGGGAUUCCGUUUGCAGAGCCGCCUGUCGACAAAUUACGCUUCCGUCGAACAGAACCCAAGAAACCAUGGAGUGAAGUGUGGGAUGCUACCACCUACCCUAAUACUUGUUAUCAGUAUUUUGAUACUUUGUACCCUGGCUUCUCUGGGAUGGAAAUGUGGAACCCUAACCGGCCCAUGAGUGAGGACUGCUUGUACCUUAACAUUUGGGUCCCUCACCCACGUCCUACAAAUGCUACAGUCAUGGUCUGGAUCUAUGGGGGUGGCUUCUCCACUGGAUCCUCCUCUCUGGAAGUCUAUGACGGGCGCUAUCUAUGCCACGCGGAAAACGUGGUGGUGGUUUCCAUGAACUACCGCCUGGGAACUUUUGGCUUUUUGACACUGACACCUGGGAGUGCAGAUGCUCCAGGAAAUGUGGGCUUGUUUGACCAGCGCCUGGCACUCCAGUGGAUCCAAGAUAAUAUUGUGUUCUUUGGGGGAGACCCUAGGACAGUCACCAUUUUUGGGGAGAGUGCCGGAGGUGCUUCAGUUGGCAUGCAUGUACUUUCUCCAGGUAGCCACCAUCUCUUCUCCAAAGCUGUCCUGCAGAGCGGCUCUCCGAACACACCAUGGGCAACCAUUACACCUCAAGAGGGUAGACGCCGGGCAGAGCUCCUGGCAAAACUGCUUGAUUGUAGACAGGGAAAUGACACAGAGUUACUGAAUUGUCUCCGGUCAAAGACACCACAGGAACUUGUCGACCAUGAGUUUUCUGUGUUUCCGGCACCUAGUGUCUUCCGAUUUGCCUUUGUGCCCGUGCCCGAUGGAGACUUCUUUCCAGAAGCCCCAGAGACUCUGAUAAACAUGGGCAGGUUUAAGCCGUGUCCCUUGAUAGCAGGUGUCAACCAGAACGAAGGUUCCUACUUCCUGCUGUAUGGAGCACCUGGCUUCAGUAAGAACAAUGACAGCUUGAUCACCCGGGAGGAGUUCCUCAGUGGGGUGAGGAUGAGUGUCCCACAUGCUAAUGACAUUGCGCUGGAAGCCGUGGUGAUGCAGUACACGGACUGGGCAGAUGAGCACGCACCGAUGAAAAACAGGGAGGCCAUGGACCAGCUGGUGGGAGACCACAACGUCAUCUGCCCAAUGAGCCACUUUGCAGGAAAAGUGGCAGAGUUUGGGAACAGGGUCUACACCUACUACUUCGAUCACAGAGCGUCCAACAUGGCUUGGCCACAGUGGAUGGGGGUUCCACACGGGUACGAGAUUGAGUUCGUCUUCGGUCUUCCCCUGGAGCCCAAAUUGAACUACACCAAGCAGGAGGCCGACUUGAGCCGCCGGAUGAUGAGAUACUGGGCCAACUUUGCACGGACUGGAGACCCUAACGAGGGUAACGAUGCUCGCCAGCCACGGUGGCCUGUGUACACCGGAACCGAGCAGAGGUACUUAGCCUUGAACAAUAAACCUGUCCAGAAUCUGCAGGGAAUAAGGGUCCAGACGUGUACCUUCUGGAACCGGUUUCUACCCAAGCUGCUCAACAUCACAGAUAACAUUGACGAAGCUGAGCGGCAGUGGAAGGUGGAGUUCCACCGCUGGAGCGCCUACAUGAUGCGAUGGAAGAACCAGUUUGACCAUUACAGCAAGCAGGAGCGCUGCAGCGAGCUGUGAGGAAAAACGCCGCCCCCCAUAUCGCCCAGCGACUCUCCCGCUCCUCCAGCAGACGAAAGAGAAUCCGAACCGUGACGUCACUAUGGGGUCACAAGGUCGUCACCGCACCGGCUCUCCACUCUGCAGUGCGAAUCAGGGGAGUCUCUCCACGUGGCGUCAUUGCUGCGACACCACACCCCCUCAUAUACUGUCAUAGGAUUGCCUAACAGCAAGGCGCACACACACACACGUGGGGACAGUAACAUGAUUUCACACACACACAGUUCAUGUGGUUUGUCUUGUACUUUGUAUGUACUGUAUGUCUCCCAAAUUCCACCGCCCCCCCCCCCCCCCCACCCCCACCCCCAUUCGGGGACAUCUCUUAUCCUUGUAAGAUGCUGUGACCCUUCUCUGCAUGUUCAUCUGUAUAUAGUGUUUGAAGAUAAAAAGAUAUAAAUAAAUAUAUAAAUAGAUAUAUAAUAUAUACAUAUUUCUAAAUAUAUAUAUAUAUACAUAAAUAUAUAUAUAUAUAUAUAUAUAUAUAUAUAUGGAGGGAGAUUUAGGUGUACUCUAUUUAUUUGUGAUGGUAAGACCUGCUGCCAGUUGCCAGGGACGUAGUUCCCGCUAAAUGUACAACUGGUCACGCAUAGACCACCCAAUAAGCACAUAAUACACCCUAACAAUCUCACACAAGGCAUCCGAUCUCCAGAUCUCUCUGUAUCAGAACACUUGCGGCGUUGUUGAACUACAAGUGCCACAGUGCUAUUGCCAGGUGGCUAUAUGUUUACUGUGGGAAGCCAUACUUUAUUUUUCUAUUGACUGGUCUUACCUCACUUACAUUCUCUCUUCCAGGGUAGUUGGGAUAGGCAUCCGAUGGGAUUCUGGCUGCUGUGGAACUACAAAUUCCAGCACACCCUGCCAUCUCCAAUGUAUGUUCGUUCCCCCAAUUUUAUAUACACCGUAUAUAAACAGCACAUAGAGUAAAUCCAGGUGUUAACCAAAGCUCCCAUGUCAUGUAGCCUAUUUUUGUUUUUUUAAUAUGUCUAAGUUUGCUACUGUGGGGGGGAGAUGUGUCAACUCUUGGAGAGAGAUAAGGUGGAGAUAGAUAGGUAGCAACCAAUCAGCUUGGUUUUUUUUUUGAGGGGGGAAACUUGGAUUACACACCCUAAUUCUAAACAUAAUGAAAGGUGCUACCAUGCCGAGACUUAUAGUUCCACACACACAAAAAGAAAAUGCAGGUGCACACUCUAAAUACUAAACACUGCCAUUCAGAAUAAUUAUAAUAAACUCUGCAAUAUAACAGAGUAUAUUUAAAGUGCUUAGCAUAAUUUUGGCCAAAAAUACGGGCCCUCCAACAGCGACCAGUUGAUCUCAUCUGGUGGGUCCCUAACACUAAGAUUCAAGUCCGGGGCACGGGACACCCCCAAAUCAGCACAGGCCAACCACCCCAAGGCACCUUGCAAGUGAGAGGAUUGAGUGUUAGAAAGUCAUACAUUAGCAAGGAGCAGCAGCUAUGUGUUGAGAAUUACAUAGGGUGAGGUAAUAAUUAAAGUGUUCAAAAGUGCUACAUUGGUAAAACUAUUCAGUUUAUUAUAAUCAUUCAAAUUAGCAGUGCUUAGCAUUUAGAGUGUGCACCUGCAUUUUCUCUUUUCUUCCGUGUGUUACUACCAUGUUGCAGGCUGUGUUUGCAAGACGACAGGAACUGAUUGGCAGGUACUUUAUCUCUCUCCAAGUUUUGAUACACCCCCCCCGUAUCUCUUUGCUUUGUAUAUACACAGUGCAAAUGAGUGUGAUACGAAAAGUCAACACCAGAAUUUCAACAGGUUAUGCUUGUCGACGGAAUGCCGACAUGUCAAUAUAAAAAAACAUAGUGUUUUUGGCUUAUUUUAGCCAAACCCUAAAAAUAAGCAAAUAACUAUGUCAACAUUCUGGUGUCAACAUGUUAAAAAGUUUUCUGAACAUGCCAACGUUUUAACCGUGUUGAAACCUUCGAACAUCGACAUAUGCAGGUGCCAAUCUUUUAUUUUCUAAACUCGGCUAGAACAUUAAGACAGUUACUCUCAAAUAAUUGCUACGGUUUAUGACACAUUUAGCCCGAUGAUAUUUUGUUGUGACAUAAGCUCCCAUAGGCACAAUCACCUUUACAUGAAUUAUAUUACAAGGUAUUUACUAACAUUGGUGCAAGUCUGCACUUUGGCCCUCAUUCCGAGUUGAUCACUCGCUAGCAGUUUUUAGCAGCCGUUCAAACGCAUAGUCGCCGCCCACGGGGGGGGGUGUAUUUUCGCUUUGCAGGAGUGCGACCACCUGUGCAGCAGAACGGCUACAAACACAUUUUGUGCAGUGCAAGACCAGCCCUGUAGUUACUUAUUCUGUGCGAUGAUUGCUGCGAUGAGUGACACGGUAAUGACGUCAGAUACCCGCCCAGCAAACGCCCAGCCAUCCCUGCGUUUUUCCAAACACUCCCAGAAAACAGUUGACACCCAGAAACUCCGACUUCCUGUCAAUCUCCUUGCGUUCGGCCGUGUGAUUGGAAUACGUCGCUAGAACCAGUGCAAAACCAUGAUGCUCUUUGUACCCGUACGCCGCGAGUGCGCAUUGAGGUGCAUACGCAAGCGCAGAUUAGCCGUUUUCACUGAUCGCUACACAGCGACCAGCGGCAGCUAGCGAUCAACUCGGAACGAGGGCCUUUGUCCCAUCCAAUCAGCACUUUGUUUCUCAUCCGUGCUAGUUCAUGCUAUAAUUAAGUAAGGUUUUACAUGUGGAGUCACUUUGUCUUCCCCUUAUCUAUUCAGGAGAUGUAAAGUAUUAUGAUUUUUUUACGGACGAAAAAAAGUGUAUGAAUAGUUAAGCCCAUGAAGCUUAGAACCGCACAUGUUGGCCGCGCCCCCUUUAUCCCCCACCCCCGAGUCCAUAUCCAAUGUCAAUAGUUUGGAGCUUAUACAGAAAAUUAGCAACAGGAGUCUCCUACUAUAGAAAGGGCCCAAUCACCACUCAUGGUCCGCACUUCUCUCUAUGUGCAAUACUACAGAAGCAUGGUCCGUGGCCUUCCCUUAAGUGUGUGAUAAUGAGGAACAAGGCUUGUACUUGCAUUGUUCAAUAAACACGAUAAAACCUCAA